GCUAAAUGAGUCCAUUAACGAUUUAUCGGUUAACUCACCACAACAGCUUUUAUUUUGUUUAAUACGGUUAAGUAAACACAAAAGAAACACUGAAUUUGAUUGUAUUCAUUACAUGCUCUGAGGAACUUGGAACACAUCAUUCAGUUGAACAAGGUUGCAUAUGUAACUUAUUUGUUUAUGAUGGGCCAAUAGUUAGUGUGUACUGGACAGAGUGUCUCUUGUGGAUGCAAGGGAGGCAUGUUUGCUUGCUGUGGGUCCAAACACUGAUCCAAAGUACACUCCUCCACUUACAAUCACGUGCACAACAUACUCAUGUACGCACAUACUGUAGAGCCCUCCCCCCCCUUCCUGCAUGUGUCCCAAGCCUAUGAAUUCCCUUCCUGCAGCACGUAGACACAUCAUAUUUCCCAGUGUUGCUGGACCACCCCAUUCACCUCUGCCCUUCCAAUCAGCCCCCAAGGGUCUCCAAAUUUCUCUGAAAGAUUGCUUGUGCUCCUGCUCCCUGUUCUGAUCUCGUAUUUCUCGAUGUUCACGCCGCUAUGGCUUUGUUUCUUUUGAUUCAACCAUCCGUUGCUCAUUUUACGCGUCUUCCCUUUUACCUUUGCUUUAGGCAAGUUACCCAGAGGAAGAACAAAAAGGGAAUGUCCCAAUUCAGUUCCUGGAAGUUAGGUCCACAUACAGUUGGCCUUCUUUCAUUCUAAACCUCUCAUCCUAGAGCAAAGGAGUCAUAUUCAGAUGGCAGGCGUAUAAUAAAGUAAUUGAAUUAAAUCAAUCCAAAUCCUUGAUGUCAUCGCUCAGUUUACCCCAAUAUGUCAGUGGAAAUUGUUCCUUAGUCUGACGAAUACUGAAAAGGAAUGCAUUUUUUUUACUUAGAUCCCACAAACAUCCAUCAAAUUCUUUUUUUUUUUUUUACUUACCUCUUGAAGCCCAGACAUGGGUUCAAAGUCGUGCACAAUGCUCAGCAGCAUUUGCUGUGGCCCUCAUCCAGUUGUUCUCUCAUGCACAAACACACCAGCGCUCCACCAUGGUUUUCUGUGCUAAGUGCUUCCGCGAUACAAAUGGAAAUCAUCCAUCAUCCACCAACAAGUGUCAGAUAGUUCAUCUGAAUGGCAGAACAAGAAAGACGAGAACACGUCAGGUCAGGUGAGCUCUUCACCCCUGGGCUCACCCACCUCCCACCGAGGAAUGCACCCAUCUCUGCUCAGUCCAACGACCAUGGGGCCCUCCGGAUCUCUUCACUCUCCCAUCAGCACGCUGAGCUCGCCCAUGAAUGGCCUGACCUCGCCCUUCUCUGUCAUCAGCUCGCCCAUGGGGCCCCACUCCAUGACCUCACCCGGCAUGGGCUACGGCCCCAGUGUCAGCCCCCAGAUGUUCCAGCUGAACUCUCCAAUGAACUCGGUCAGCAGCACAGAGGACAUUAAGCCCCCGCUGGGUCUCAACGGUGUGAUGAAAGUGCCCGCCCAGCCCUCUGGCACAGCGCUGUCGCUCACCAAACACAUUUGCGCCAUCUGUGGUGACCGUUCCUCAGGUAAACACUAUGGUGUGUACAGCUGUGAGGGCUGCAAAGGCUUCUUCAAAAGGACAGUGCGCAAAGACCUCACCUACACAUGUCGCGACAACAAGGACUGCGUCAUUGACAAGCGCCAGAGGAACCGGUGCCAGUACUGCCGCUACCAAAAGUGUUUAGCCAUGGGCAUGAAGAGAGAAGUGUUAUUACAUGCAGCCGUUCAGGAGGAGCGCCAGCGAGCCAAGGACAAGAAUGAGAAUGAGGUGGAGUCGACCAGCUGCGCCAAUGAGGACAUGCCCGUUGAGAAGAUUCUGGAAGCCGAGCAGGCAGUGGAACCCAAGACGGAGACCUACAUUGAGACCAGCCUUGGUGUUCCUUCCAACUCGCCCAAUGACCCAGUGACAAAUAUCUGUCAGGCUGCGGACAAGCAGCUCUUUACAUUGGUUGAGUGGGCCAAGAGGAUUCCCCACUUCUCUGAGCUGCCGCUGGACGAUCAGGUCAUCCUUCUACGAGCAGGUUGGAAUGAACUCCUCAUUGCGUCAUUUUCGCACCGCUCAAUAGCUGUAAAAGACGGGAUUCUGUUGGCGACCGGGCUGCACGUCCACCGCAACAGCGCUCAUAGUGCCGGAGUGGGAGCCAUCUUUGACAGGGUGCUCACAGAACUGGUGUCGAAGAUGCGGGAUAUGCAGAUGGAUAAGACAGAACUGGGGUGCCUUCGAGCAAUAGUCCUUUUCAACCCAGACUCCAAGGGUCUGUCAAACCCAAGUGAGGUAGAAGCUCUGAGAGAGAAAGUCUAUGCGUCUUUAGAGGCCUACUGCAAACAGAAGUACCCGGAACAGCCUGGCAGGUUCGCCAAGCUGCUGCUGAGGCUACCGGCGCUGCGCUCCAUUGGCCUCAAGUGUCUGGAGCACUUGUUCUUCUUCAAGCUCAUAGGCGACACCCCCAUCGACACCUUCCUCAUGGAGAUGCUAGAAGCUCCCCAUCAAAUGACAUAAUAGCAGAGAUCUCCCUUAUUAUUCAAGCCCUUGGUCAGAAGCAGCAGGGUGCUUUUUUUUUUAAACGUCCAGACUCCACCAAGAGACAAAUCAUGUGAUGACUUUCCCUCGCUCACCCCCCCGAAACUACAAGCUCAUGAUGGGUGUGUUUUUAUACCUUGUAAAGUUCUAUAAAUAAGAAAUCUAUAUAUAUGAAUGAGAUGCGGUAGACAGAAGACAAACGCAAUGUACUGAGCCAUCGUUGGCGUUUUCCCAACAUCUUGACAAGACGAUUCAGCAUCCUAACACAGUGGGGGCGUGAUGAUGGGACACCACACCCUGUGAGCGGGACAAUCUCUGUGUAGACCUCUUGCUGUCAUCAGGACUGACUCAAAACAACGUCUGCUUGAGGAACUCAACUGGACGCAACACGUCUUGCACUAGUUGUUUUUGUUUUCUUUGUUUUUUUCUUUUUUAAAAAAAAAAAAAACAAAGGUGUCAGCUUUCUGGGAUCUCGACCGGACUUCACAGGUGUGCUACCGAUACUGCAAGCGAUCAAGAACCUCAGGUGUCUGGCCCUGGUCCAAACCAAUCCAACCAUGUCUUACUGUAUCAACACUGUGCAACAACAUUGGCGAGGGUGAGUCGGCAUAUUCGCCUCAUCAGGAAAACGUUGAGAUGUGGGUCCGGUUAGGGGCGGGGGGACGGGGAGGGGUGUUUUGUAAGUACAAUCUGCACAGUGGUUUGUGCACACAGGAAGAAGCCAGGCUGUUGUCAGUGACGCUACAUGCCACCGACAACUGGCAUUCGAACAGUCUGCCUUUUUUUUCUUUUUUUUCAAGUUGGAAUGCGACAUUCGAGCUAAUGAUGUCACCUCUAGUCAUUUCACCAGCCGCCCCCCUCCUCAACCAACCUCCGCUCAACACUGCAGGUGUGAGCCUCUCGACAUCACCUCAUAUCUUUCUUGGCAGGAAGUUACAACCAUAAACAGUAUUUUGUUUUUCUCCAUUUCAGAGCAGCACUGCACGAUUACCUCAACUUGUCGCCCCUUUUCACCGUGAACAGUAUAGAGAGAAGCGCUUGUCAUUGCAGCAUUGAGUGUUUGUUUGUUUGUUACUUUGCACUUAACCUCAUGACAGAGCGCAAUCAACCUCCAAGGUGGGAAUUUGGCCCGCGGCCCAAUCAGGAAAGCCUCCCAGUGGGACAAACAAUCACUGUCUCUCUGCACCGUUCACCCAAACUAUGAAAUAUGGCCGUGUUUGCUACAAACAUGCUCUUAUUCUGCAUUUUUACUGCACACCGGUUUGGUUCCUUCAUUUUUUCAUGACAGCCACAUUUGUCUUCUCACCUCCCUAAUUCAUUGUUGACUUUACCGUAUUUUCCGGACUAUAAGUUGCAUCAGUCCAAAAAACAAAUAUAAAUUGCACUGGACCAUAAGUGACAUUUAUUGAGAAGUACGUUUCACAAAAUUCGAGGCCGAGAACAGACAUCUAAUCGAGAAAGGCAAGGUAUCAACUACGUGAUAGCACACAGGCCAACAGGCUGAGUCGGCGUCCGGUAUGUUAACGUAACACAUUAACAGUUAUUCAGCUACAGCAUCAAGAACAAACCCGGGAGGCUGGAAAGGCUAAAUUAACGUAAAAAAGCCAGCGAGUCCAACGACCGGUAAGGAAGUUCACCAAGUUCCCGAUCACAUUCCACAUCACCGAAUCCAUUGAAUUCUUCCCAAGCCUUCUCACGGCUGUCGACGGUAAUGUUCACUCCUCGGUCGGUAUGAAUUAUUAUUUUACAACAUGUUAAAUAUUUUAUAUACAGUGGUUAGAGUGUUUUAAUGCUAAAGUCGAAAAUGUACACCAAAAUAAUGCCUCGGUUUGUGUGUAUAUACAUUUAAAAUUGUUUUCUACAUGGAAGAAUGUAAUUGUAAAACUAUAAAAAUGUUUGUUGUGUUAACAUUUUUGGCUUUCUAGAAGGGAUUGAUUGGAUUUACAUUAUUUCUUAUGGGGAAAUUGAUUCAGCUAGAGUACGUUUUGGUUAGCGUCGGACCUGCUGGGACUGAUUCCGACGCUAACCAAAGGUCCACGGUAUGUAUUUUGAUAUAUAAGUGUCACUUAUAGUCCAGAAAAUACGAUACUUGGGAAGCAAUCAGCUUUUGUUUUUUUUAGCACUCAUUUGUAUAUACAGUAGAUGAUGGAAGUUAGCAUUGUAAUUAAUAACUAAAAAAAAGAGAGAAAAAGAACACUAAACAAUAGAAUUUCAUGGAUUGUCUUUUUAUCGACGUGUUCACCAGUCUUUCCUAAGCACUUUGAUGCAGUCGGGACCUGAGCACUGUGUUUUGUUCAUACGAAGGAGGUGCAACAGUACGUGAUUAGCGUAACAUUUUCACAUGGUUCUUCAAAUUGGCUCAACUUGAUUGAAAAGCACACAAAGGAGCAACAGGGCCACACUGAAAAGAAGAAAAAAAGAACGAUAACGUUCCAAGGUUACAGCCAUGACCUUGCCACCAUAAAUUUGUAUGAUUUUGGCGAACAAAUUCAGUUUAUUGUGAAAUAAAAUUAGGAAAUUCAAGUUGUAAUAACAAGAUAAAUACUUUUAUUCUUCUACUGCACACAUUUUCAUACAAUAAUGAGAACAAAGUUGCAGUGUUUUUGCGGAGUUUUUUGUCAUAGUAUAUUAUGUUGUGGUUAUUAAAAUUUUGAUAAUUUGACAACUUUUUUCACGCCACAUUACAAUUUUUUAUAUAUUUUUUUUAAUCCUGGAGCAGGAGUGUUCUCGCAAGAUUAAGAUUUUAUGUCUUGACCCUUUUUCAUAUGACACGACUUUACUCUUGCAACAUCCUGAAGUUUUAUACGACAUAAUUCGGCUGCAUUCUCACAACGUUGCGACUUUAGAACUUUAUUCUUGUAACAUGGCGACUCUUUCCGACAAUAUUUUAAUUCUUUCAAUAUUACGACUGUAUUCUUUUGCCUCCGAGUUUUUCGCACAACAUAACAACCGUAUUCUGUCAGUAUUACGAUUUUGAUUCUAACAAUACGACUUGUAACGGCUUUAUUCUCACAUUAUGAAUGUUUGCCCAUUUUCUCUUAUGAGAUCGCAACUUCAUUGUGACAAUACGAUGUUGGUCUCCUAAUUAUACGACAUUUUACGUUUGAACUUAAAUCUCAGUACGACCUUACUUUUGUAUUAUUACAACUUAUUCAACAUAUUGCGAUUUAAUCCGAUCAAUAUUAAGUUAUUUUUGUGUCCUUCUCAAAAAAUUACAUCUUUUUGCUCAUUUUCUUCUCCGAACUAUAAAACUUUCUCCUCACAAUCGUACGAUUGAAUUUUUUCAAUAUUAAUACUUAAGUCUUGUACCAGAUACGGGAAUACACAGUACAUCGUUAUUCUCACAAUAUCCUGGUUUUGUUUGUAGUUGUCCUGUAUAAACGCAAUAUUUCCGACUCUAUUCUCGUACCUACGCAACUUUGUUGUCGGAACAUUCAGACUUUCCUCGCAACCUUUUGCCCGUUGCCUGACAACUUAGUUGUCGGAAUAUUUCGACUUUCUCACAAUAGUGUGAUUUAACUCUUUCUAUGUUAUGACUUAGUGUUUGUACCUUUACGAGUUGUUCUAAGAAGAGUAUUCUAGCUACACGACUUUUUCUUGUAAUAUUCAAUUUAGUUUAUUCUCGCAAGAUCACAACUUUAUUACAGUUUCUUCCCCCAUAAACACUACAGCUUAAUUCUAGUGUGUACAAUUAUGCAAAUUCGACAAAUUUAUGUCAAUGUACGACUUUAUUCUCAUAAUAUCGCACCUUUUUCUUACAAAACAGUACAACCAUUAUUCUCAAAAUGUUCCCUUUUUUUUUCCUUUUCAGUCUUGCCCAAAUACUCCUUUGUUGUCUUUAUUCUGACGGCACCCGGACAAAAUGACCAUUUGAGCAUGUAAGGUUGACACUUAAUUGAUCGCAAAAAGAAAUUCAUGACAUGUUUACAUAAUUAGCUUCUGAUUUGGAUCCCCUUUCACACAAGGCCUUGGUUGAGCCCAUCUGGAGGUGUCCUUUCAGCCCCUCCAUUCGAGCAGGAAAGAAGCAAACAGCUGUCAAGUGGUGUUAAACAAUAAUCUACGAGCUCCCUCUAGUGGGGGGAAUCAGCACUGCAACGCCAAUCGCUUUACGCUUCAUUUUGGAAAGGAAGGCAGCACUUUCUCACAGGGUUUGGGUCAAAUGUUUUUAAUUUGAAUUCAGACUGACAGGCUUUGUGUUUUGUAUUGCCAAAAAAAAAGAGAAAAAAUAGCAAUAACUUUUCAUGACUUAUUGGCGUGUCUCAGCAGCCUGUAUUAUUAAUACGAGUACAAACUAUCCAGGUGACAGUAUUGACUGCCAGGUAUGAGCUCAGUUUACAGUAUUUAUAUAUUAAAAGUACAAAAAAAAAGCUUUUUUUUUUUUUUUUUUUUUUUUUUAGUGUUACAGUUUUUUUGUCAAAAUUUUGGACUAAUUAGACAUUUGUUUUGUUUUGGGGUUUUUUUUCCGAAAUACUAAUUAAAAAUGCAAAUUGUCUUUGUUGACUGUGAUCAGUGAUGCAGGUCUUUUAAGCCAUAAAAUGUGGACAAUGAGUGAAAAAUAAAAAACCCAAUUUAGAACGAGAACUUCAUGGAUGCUUUAGAAAGUAAAGCUUAUAUUUUGUUAAUAUGUAUAUGUGUAUAUAUUCAUAAAUAUAAAUAUAUGGGAAGAUGUGUUCCAAUAUAGAAAGAGGGAGAGGAGUCUGUCAGACCAAACUAUUCCACACCAGAGUUGUUGGUGUUUUUACUCAAUUAUCAGUGGGCGCUUUUAUGCAUUGCAGCCUUUCUCAAAAAUGAUUUUUAAAAAAAAAACACAGCAGAACCCCUGUAGCUCUAAAUGUAAGAAGCUUUUCAGCAGUUUAUGGGACCUCAAAAAAGAAAUAUAUGCGUGUGUGUGUGUGUGUGUGUGUGAGAGAGAGAAAGAAGACGAGAGACUUUAAACCCUCAAAAAUGUAUGUUUUACUUGGCAAUUGUUGAAAAAAAUGUCAUCGGGAAAAAGCUGAGCUUGUGACACAAUCACUGCUUUUUUUGUUGCAUAGACGGUAAAAUAUGUCAAUGUUGAAAAAAGAUCUAUUUUUGUACAAAGGUAAUUUUAUCCCUGGCUUAUGGACUCUUUUUUUCCUGUUUUUGUGGGCUGUUGCGGAACGCUCCGGAGAGCAAAAAGUGGACAAUGUCAAAGAGGAGGUGUUGCUGAAAGUGUCGCUUUUACGUUGUCGUGUUGAAGCCGUCGCUGCAAAGUGACAAACGUCCUCUGUCAUACUUUUGUGUCUACUUUUAAGGAGAUGGAAUUUUUGUCAUCUGUUCUUUGUGCGUUGUCCUCUGAUGUUCUUUUGUGGACAGACAAAAAAGGUAUUAAAAAAAAAAAGAAAAAAAAAGAACAAAGUGAACAUGACUGGUGUGUAUUGUUGAGGAUGUACAUGUGCUUCACGUGGGAUGAUUGUGAGGUACUGUCCACUCCAUACCCAAAUGUCAUUACCCUCUUACUAGGGGUGUCAUGACACACGAAGCUCACGAGAAGAGACGAUGCACGGACGCUGGGUUCAUGAGAACGAGACAAGACGAGUCAAUAUUUUAACAGUACGUUUAAGAAAACUACACUGACAAAAUAUAAGACUGGACAAACGCCUUUUUCUUUAACUGAGUCACAAAACAAGGCAGGUACGUGUUGACAUGUUUUAUAACCAUGUAUGCGUGACUUUAAGCGUGAUGCUUUUAACCAGUGAACUUUUUUCUACAAAUUGAAACAAAAAUGAUAAAAGUUAAAAUAAUGAUAGCAGGCAUACAUCGCCAUUUACCAGGACUGGGACUCAGACCUCAAGUUAUUACCCACUACGCCAAUCAGCCACUGAAAAAAAUGAACUUUGACAUAAAACAUAAGUGUCAGGUAGUAUACUGUAUGUGAGUUCCUCAUCGGCAGCCUUAAUUGUUCCAGCUUGUAGUUGAACAAUGCCAGCUCACUGUUUUUGUCUUAUCUACUUGUCUUUGUCUGUUUACAUCAGGGCUGUCCAGCUGUCCUUUGGCAUUUAUUACUGGAAAUAAACAAUUUAUAAUAAUAAUUUUAAAAAAACAUAUACAUACAUAUACAUUUAAAUACAAAUCUUUGUGUUUUUACUGUAUUAGUAUCAACAUUUUAGCUUUUUGCUGUUACAUUAUGCCUUUUUGCUUUCCACUUUUUCUGGGUUUUUUCAAAUUUUAUUUCUACCAUGAGCUACAUUUCACCGAUGGCCCCCGCGCCACACUUUGGACCUCCAUCGAUGUUUCACCAGGAAGACAAGGUGUUGCCAGGCGAUGGAGGAGUGUGCCUUCUUGGCUCUUUCACUGGUCAAAGGGUUGGGUUGCAUUGUGGAGGGGUUUAUGCCGCUUUCAGACUAGCAUUGCAUGGUGAUACUUCUGCACAAUCGGAGGCUCCACUCCAGCUCACCCACGCGGCAGACACUCACCUUUGUUGACCACUUGUAUUCAAUGACUGAAUAACUGCACGACGCAAGAAACACUUCCUGUUAAAAUUGUAUAAAAAUAAUAAUAGUCAUCAUGAUAAUAAUAACAUGGGCUCCGUUGUGGCCGUACUCCAGCUCUGAAUCCUCGAUGUCACUUCCUGCCCGUGCGUCCGGAAGACAUUUAUUGAAGCACACACGAGCAUGAGUCAUAUUCAUGUCUUAUUGGCUUAUUUUCGCUGAUUAAAUGUACUAUAUUGGGUAAUAUGAGUGUAAAGA